GCGGCUCCGCUCGCCGCCUCGCCCACCGGUCCGAUGAGCUGCAGCGGCUCCGGCGCGGACCCCGAGGCGGCGCCGGCCUCCGCUGCUGCCGCCGCCUCGGUCCCGGUCUCUGCGCCCCUGGUGUCGGCCCCCGCCGCUCUGCCCGCCGGCUCCGCCUUGCCCGCGGAGAACAAGGCCAGUCCGGCGGGCACUGCGGGGGGACCCGGAGCCGGAGCCGCGGCCGUGGGCGCGGGCGCCGUGGCUGCGCGUGCCGGAGAGCCGGCCGAGCGGCGCGGGGCGGCUCCAGUGGCGGCGGGAGGCGCGGCGCCCCCGGAGGGGGCCAUGUCGAACGGGGUUUACGUGCUGCCGAGCGCGGCCAACGGAGACGUGAAGCCGGUGGUCUCCAGCACCCCUCUCGUGGACUUCCUCAUGCAGCUGGAGGACUACACGCCGACGAUCCCAGACGCCGUGACCGGUUACUAUCUGAACAGAGCCGGCUUCGAAGCCUCAGACCCGCGCAUAAUUCGGCUCAUCUCCCUCGCUGCCCAGAAAUUCAUCUCCGAUAUUGCCAACGAUGCCCUGCAGCACUGCAAAAUGAAGGGCACGGCCUCUGGCAGCUCCCGAAGCAAGAGCAAGGACCGCAAGUACACUUUAACUAUGGAGGAUUUGACUCCUGCCCUCAGCGAGUACGGCAUCAAUGUGAAGAAGCCGCACUACUUCACCUGAGCCACCAAUAUUUAGCUUCCUAAAUGUACUUGUUUGUCUCCUUGUUCCCACACAAGCCUGUUUUUAUAAUAAACUUUAUUGUGACAGGCA